GUACAUUGGCGGAUACAAGGAUGUGGUAUGUUAUCUGUUACAACUCCAUAUAGGCAUACAUGGCCGAAUUUCACACUAGUGAAGUGAUAUUAUUCAUAACAUACGGCGUAGUGAAAUUCUUCUACAUGAUGAGACCCACUGAUUGCGUAUUUAAUUUUUAUUGAGCUUGGGACGUGGGCAGCACCGUUCUUCUAUUUCCUUUUUUAAAAAUAUAUUUAUAACACGUCACGUCUCAGAAUAAUUGGUCUUAGCGUAGGCCUAUAUCACAGAGGUAACAUGUCUUGUUUUUAUUUAAAUUACUGGUACCUGUACUUGACUUACCUUCUAUAUUUUUUAAUUAAGUCUAAUUAUAGAACGGUAUUCCAGUCACACCUUUACAAAUAUGUGAAGCACGCAAGCAUUCUAACAAAACAAAGGAAAAGUGUCCCAAUUUCUUAUUGACAUGUAUUGGUAAAUGUCAGGUUUAUUCCUAAUUUCAUUAAUAACAACGGUAUUGCGAGAAUACAUAUAUCGACCUUCGACAGUUUCUACUGUAAUAAUUCGAUACCUCGGAUUGUGUAUGUCUGUGUAAUAUUGUCCAAGCGCCAAGCGGCAUGACGCUAAGCAACAAGCACUGAUUAAGAGUGUCGCCACGUCUGCGAAGAGUACGAUAGAACUAUAUUUCGCAUGCAAUUUCCUACGCUUUCAAGAUGACUGCUGCCGGUAAUGCCGUUACAGCUGCGAGCCUUGAUGAAGAGAGGUCAGUUAAGUGUCUUGUAUGUCACGUAACUGUAUUAUUAGAGGGAGUAACUUUGCCAAGUGCAACGCGUACCACGCGAAGUAUUCUAUUGGCUGGUGCUGAUGACGUUGGGCCGCGCACGUUUACGGGUGGGGGUAACAAGUUUGGUGUCUGCUAUGAACAGCUGCUGUCAAAGCCAGAAAUGUCAACAGAAGGUGUGUGCACUCCAGCGCAGGUGGUUGUGGGGAGUGUCUGUUCGUAGCUGCUGUCAGAACUGUGCUAACACAGUUUCAGAAUGUUGGACAUCGGCAAAUGCAAGCAGGAACUAACAAAAUAUGGACAGCAGCACCUGUUGCGGUUUUGGGAAGAACUGUCUGAAGAGGAGAGAGCAGAGUUACUGCUGGAUUUACAAGAAGUCAACGUGGCAGAAGUUACUUCAUAUUUCAGAAGAGCUGUGGAAUCCCUCACUGAAGAUCAAGCAAAGCUGGAUGAUCGCAUGAAGCCUAUCCCAGCAGAAUUUUAUGGUGGUGUCAUCAGAUCAGAAGCAGAAGACCUAAGAUUUUAUGAAGAUGAAGGUUUGAGGCAGAUUUCUGCAGGCAAAGUGGGUGUGCUGCUUCUGGCAGGUGGUCAGGGUACAAGACUUGGAGUAUCAUAUCCUAAAGGUAUGUAUGAUGUUGGCCUACCUUCUCAUAAGUCUCUCUAUCAGGUUCAGGCAGAAAGAAUUCUGAGGCUGCAGGAGCUUGCUUGUGAACGAACAGGAGUUUACAAUCAUAUAACGUGGUAUAUCAUGACCAGUGAAGCAACUAUGUGCCCCACACAGGAAUACUUUGCAAACCACAACUAUUUUGGUCUUAAAAAAGAAAAUAUUGUUAUGUUUGAGCAGGGGUUACUUCCAUGCUUCACAUUUGAUGGAAAAAUAAUUAUGGAUAGAAAGUAUAAGCUGUCAAGAGCACCAGAUGGGAAUGGAGGACUUUAUCGAGCUUUGCGGGACCGUAAAGUGCUGGACGAUAUUGAGAGACGGGGUAUUAGUUAUCUUCAUGCAUACAGUGUCGAUAACAUUUUGGUUAAAGUAGCUGACCCAGUUUUCAUUGGUUAUUGUAUAAGCAAGAAUGCAGAGUGUGGAGCAAAAGUAGUAGAAAAAUCUUUUCCAGAAGAACCUGUAGGUGUUGUUUGUCAGGUGGAUGGCCGGUAUCAAGUUGUUGAAUAUAGUGAAAUUACAUUAAAAACAGCAGAGCAGAGUGAUAUUGAUGGGAGAUUAACAUUCAGAGCUGGUAAUAUUUGCAAUCACUUUUUCACAACAGAGUUUCUUCAGAAAAUUGCAAAUAAGCAUGAAAAUAAUUUGAAGCUACAUGUUGCCAGGAAAAAGAUCCCUUAUGUUGAUGCACAAGGUAACAUUUGUAAACCAGAGAAACCCAAUGGCAUAAAAAUGGAAAAAUUUGUUUUUGACGUCUUUCAGUUUGCGGACAAUUUUGUUACAUGGGAAGUAAAGCGAAAUGAGGAAUUCAGUGCCCUUAAAAAUGCCGAUACUGCUGAAAAAGACACACCCACAACUGCCCGUAAUGAUCUGUAUUCACUUCAUUACCAGUAUUUGACUAAGGCUGGUGGAAAGAUUGUAACAGACAAGGGAUCAUCUGUGAUUUGUGAGAUUUCGCCAUUGCUGACAUAUGCUGGCGAAGGUCUUGAAGAAAUUGUUAGUAAUAAGACAUUUAAAUCGCCAGUUGUUUUGUUGCAUCCUAGUGAACAAAGCCCAAAUGGUAACGUAUAUGAUCAAUGAUGUUUAUAUUUGUGCACAAUGAUUAUAUUUUGCUGUCAGUUCCUAUGCACUUUAAGGUGAAAUAUAUGUCACAGCCACAGGUUAAACUGUGUGUUCCUGUGUGAAUAUUGUAGUUAUAAAAUGCCUAUGUGCAAUAAAGUGUGCUGGUGGUGGUCAAAUUGUGAGGGAGUAUGCUAAAAUUCCUGUGUGGUAACAGUUCUCUUGAUGCUAACUUCAAAGAGUAAAUGAUAGUGAAAGUAGCUGGUACCACUUUUACAGUGUAGCAUAUUUGCACAAUCAUGUCACAUCUCAUAUUAAUGUUUAAACAGGAAACAUUUCUUUCCUCUUUGACUUUAAUACGAGUCUUUUUUAAGAAAAGAAAAAAUAAGAGUAAUGGGGCCUGCAUACAUUUGGUGCUGGAAUUUAUAUUCUUAGUUGAUAAGGUAGCAUACUGAGCUCUGUCUUUAUAUGUGAGUGAGCAAGUGAUAUUUGAUGUUAGUUCAAUCAUGUACAGUAAAUGCAACAAAAUAACUACACACUUUGCCUCAUGAAGAGUUACCAGUAUUUAUUGAGAGAUCUGUUGCAUAAAGUAACUGAUAUUGUGAAUGCUUUGUUCAAAUGUAUCAUGAAAUGUCAGGAAUCACUGCCUUACAUAUGGUACUUUAGCCCAUUAUACAAAGAAGAAAAUUGACUUUGUGCUUUCAUCAUUCCUUAAUCAGUUAAGUAAUGAUGUUGAUAUUGUUAAAUUCUGUAAUUAAAUGAUUUAUCAAACUGUUGUAAAUGUACAGUUACUGUUACUGUUACUUGGGUGUGAAUUAUGUGGUACACCCAUAUUAAUUUUUUCCAAGCAGUUUUUGCACCUUAAAAACAAAUGUGUAGUCGUGCAAUCACUGCUUAUAUGAAUAACAUAUGGCUGUAUGUUAUGUGCCACUUUAAUGAAUAACUUCCAUUAUUUCAGUAUUUGAAACAAACAGAAAAAGACAUGUGGAGCUCUGUUUGUGUUUUAUUCCCUUGUUUCUGUUAACUGCUUUAUGUUCCUCUAACAAAGUUAUGUAAAACUUAAAACAAGCAUUUAAUCAUUUAACUUACACUAAAGUUUUGAUUAUACUAAAACUCUUAUAAUUAUUGCUUUCAUUCUGCUUUGCAGAAGUUUUUGCAUUCCAUGUAAAUAACAAUCUAAAUAUUAUGGGUCCAAUUUGUUAAAUUGCAGAGAAGUUGUCUAAUGAAAUUAAGCACUUACAAUUUUGAAUAUACGAAAUUGUAUGAACUCUAGAUGCUACAGCUAAAUCCUAGUAGAUGUUCUGCUAGACGUUCAGGGAACUUCCAUACAGUGAGGAUCAGACAUGAACAUCUGACUACCACAAAGUCAGUGUCCAGUUGCACAUAAUGUAAAAGUGUUAUGUAAACUGUUGCUAUACUCUAUUUUUUAAAAGAAAAGUGCAGUAUUAAAAUGUUUCUUUAUAGACUGGGCAUAUUUAAUAUAAUGUAUUGAUAUUUUUUUGUGUGAUGUGACACUGUACUUUCUAAUUUGGAACUGAAAUGACACCAGUAUUAUGAAUUGGUGCAGACCUUAACUCUGGGUUGUGUAGUGAUGUAAUGUGCAAUAACAUCUCAGAUCUUGCAGGCAGCUUGAGUAGUUAAGAAAUAUUAUUUGUUGCAUGGAAGUCCAAUAUAUACUAUAUUUGUCAGUUUUAUGGCAAAAUUUUUUGAUGGCUGUACAAUUGGAUUUUUGUUUAAAUGUUUUAUUAAUUUAAUGAAAAUGUAAUAGCACAUGAAGAAUGGAAUCCAAUAUUCAUAAGUCAUUUUUCUUAUGACAUUUCUAUAGUGGUUUAUUUCUUCAUGUCAUUUUUUAUGGAAUGAAAUUUUUGUCAAUUACAUAUAUGUAUAUAUAAUGUAUGUAACAUUUUGUUUUAAGAAUACAUUUUAUUUCACAGCAUUUCCACUGCCUAUAAAUCUGAUUCCUUGUGCACCUUACAUUUAUCUAAUUCUUUCCUGAAAUGAAUUGGUACUUGUCAAAUUAUAGUUACCUUGAGCAAUACAGAUUUUUAGUUUAUUGUUACAAUAGUAAGAUUUUUUAUUUGUACAUACACAAAAAGUUAUAGUAAUUUUGCUAAUAUUUAGAGUAAUAAUACUUCAGUAUCAGUGCUGAAGACCUAUUAGUAAUUUUGGCUUGUGGAAUUAUUAGACAGAAGUCGUAUUUCGCAUUUACUGUUGUGGUAUGACGACAGCAAAGGUACCUCAGUAUAUUAUCGUGGCUAAGGUAUUGGUCAAAUUUUUAACAAAAUAAAUUUUGUUAUUUGGCA